AUGUUUACUAAAAGUGUACUAGUUUUCGCUGUGGUGUUAUACAAAGCAGUUUUGUUAUACGCAUCCAUUGAAGGAUCUGAAACGAACACUGUACCUGAAGUGAGGGAAAUCAAAAACUUUUCUAACACAGAACGUACUGGACGCACACUACAUAAGGAAUGCAAUGGAAGCCUUAACGCGAAGUGUAUUAAAAUCCAUGUGCUAUCGUUCCUAGAAGAUUUAAGUUCUCGCGAUGAACUGAGCCUACUUCCUGGAUUGAGUAUCGUCAGAGAGAGUAAAGCUAACAGCAGCAGUGCAGAAGAAAUAGCUGCUGAGAUAUCCAGGCAGUUCCCUGGAAAGCCAGAUGAAAAGCUUAAUAGGUUUUUGCUUUACCGGCUACAGGAUUACUUAGAUAAUCAUUCAUUGAGGUACAGGCUCUUAGAUCCUAAGACGACGAAGGAUGCUCUAAACAUGGCUAAGGGUGAUACAGCCAGUGUUGGGAGGAAAGGAGGCGGUGGUGGUGGUGGAUUUGGAGGUGGAAAAGGAGGCGGCGGUGGUGCUCUAGUGGCUGCAGCGUUGAUGAUGAAAGGAACCCUCGCUGCAGCUGCUUUGGGAGCUUUGGCGCUAUUAGCUGGUAAAGCAUUAAUGACAGCACUUAUGUCUCUUCUUCUAUCAGCCUUAGUAGGCCUUAAAGGCGGCGGCGGAGGCAAAUCAACAACCUACGAAAUCAUCACCAAACCAGAGGUAUCCCAUCACCAUUCGCACAGUCAUGAAGAACAUCAUGAACAUGAGCAUGGGCACCAUGUUAAACUAAACACCACCAAAUCUAUAGUCAGUGGCCCCUUUGAAUCUAACGAUACGCAAGAGUUAUCAGAUCAAAUCGACAAUACAGUGGACAACUUUUUCGAAAAUCAUUUGAUAAGGUUUAGCGCUUUGGGGAAAGAUGUUAUUCUACCACAUACGGUUGAAACAUUCGUGGGUAGAAAGAAGCGCAAAGGAGGUGGUGGUCACGGGGGUGGUGAUGAUGGUGGUAAGAAGAAAAUGUUCAUGAUGGCUAUGAUGUGUAUGAAAAUGAAAAUGAUGAUGAUGGUACCAGCGAUGAUGGGUAUGAUGGGCAUGAUGUCAUUCAAGGGUAUGAUGUUCAGCAUGAUGUCUUUUAUGAUGACCAAGUUAAUGCUCUUAAUGAAACUGUUGGAGAAGAAAGGCGGUGGAACCACCAGUUGGAGUAGCGGAGGUGACGCAGGUUGGGCGUCAAGCGGUGGAGCUGGAGCUUGGAUGCCAGCAGGAACAGCUGACUACGGGUCGGGGGGUUACGACUCAAACGGUCAGUGGCAGAGUAGAUCGAUAAUAGAAAUGCUGAGGGAUGAAAAAAUCAAACCUAAAAUGGUAUACAAGCCCAUUCCAUAUUUGAAAGCAGACAAUGCUUACCUAAACGACGUUAAACCGAAGUUAAGGAAAAGACGAAGUAUAAUCGAUACUCUACAUAACGCUUAUAUGUAUUGGAUUACAAAAUUCUUGGGCACACAGAAACAAAAUCCUAAAUUUAAAGUUAUUAACGGUGUCAAGUAUGUCUACCAACCCAACAAAUUAAGUAAACGGAUUCCAAAAUUAAAUAAAAACAACUUAAAGCAAUUAGUAAUUACAGAAGAGUUUAAUAAAGGUGAAAUAUCAGAACCCACUAAUGGAAGGAUGAUAAGAAGAAAAUUCAAUAAAAUGAAAAAAAAUGUUAAGGAGGCGGUCGAUGAAAAUCCGUGGGAAUGA